AUGUCGUUCUCAAGGUCUUCGACGGUGACUCUAGGUCGAGAAAAUGCACCCAAUCACCAAGCUCAAUCUGAGGAGAACCAUAUUAGACCGGAACCAAUCAACCUCGACCUACUAGACGAGGACCGUGGAGACCCCUUCCCAAAACGUCUAAUCAUUGCAGUAGACUUCGGUACUACUUACUCAGCAGUUUCCUACGUUGACGUGCCCCAAGGAUGUCCAUCGGAUUCCGUUGACUCGAGGUCUAUUCGUUCGAUCGGUAACUACCCCGAGAACUACAACUACCAUUAUAAUGAUCCAAUGGGCAAGGAGGUUCCUACCGAGGUGAUAUAUCCCUUAGAUCGACACUUUCGUGAUCACUUCAAUCUUGAUAACCCCGAGGGACAUUUGGAAAACGGCGAUGAAGUUGAGGUGCCGGUACCUGACGAAGACGGCGACAUUUCCAUGAUCUCGGACGUUUCGGAAGAGUUCCGAUGGGGUUACCGCGUACACGAAGUCUGGAAUCGUCCAUCUACACACUCCAACACGACUAACCAGCCUUUGUCUCGAUUCAAGCUCCUCCUUGACAACAGUGCGAUGACUGAAAAUGUGAGGCGAGAUGUCAGUAAGACUAUCGAUACGCUCAAGAGAAAGAAUGUAAUCCAAGGACCUCUUCAUGUCAUCGCAGAUUUCCUUACCUACCUUUUGGAGCAUACUCGUGCUCAGUUGCGCCGUCAGGGCUUUGACGACAGUUAUGAGAAGGAAAUGAUACUUUGUGUCCCUGCUAUCUGGACGCAGAAAGCAUGUCGGGACAUGCAGGCAUGCCUAGCAGUGGCUAUGAAAAGAGCCAACUUCACAAGGGCUGAUUUACAGAACAAGAGUAUUGACAAUCUCUUCAUCGUGUCGGAGCCAGAGGCAGCAGCUGCACACAUGCUUUCCACCUCGGCUGAAAUAAAGUCCGGAGAUUGUUUUGUGUUGCUAGAUGCAGGUGGCGGAACUGUCGAUGCGAACACCUAUCGAGUCAGUAGAGAGGAGCCAUUGAGGCUUGAGACGGAGAUAGUCGCUCCUGGAGGUGGUCUGCAUGGAUCGAGUUAUCUCAAUGAAGGCUUCCGGGACUAUCUCAACGAUCUCCUUGCUGAGGAAACAUACCUAAAUGAUGGCGUCGAGACCAUUCAUGGAAUCGUUGAGAGAAUAACAUUCGAAGAAUUCGAAAAGAGGAUCAAGCGGGGCUACGACUAUAACCAGCAAACAGCAAGGAAGGAGAUAUACAUUAAAGGACUUCGUGACAAUCCUGCCAAGGGUUUCAGAAAUGAAUGCAUUUACAUUCCGAGACUCAAGAUUCGAGAGAUCUUUUUCAAGCAUCUAGACGCUAUCGCUGAUAUUGUGAAGAGCCAGCUCGAUGAAGCAAGAGGCAAAGGAUACACCGUUGGGAAAGUUGUUCUCAUUGGAGGAUUCGGAACUUCAAUCUCACUUAGCCAAAGACUCCAGGAAUUCUUGGUGGAAUACGGUCGGGAUCAUAAUUGUCGCAUCACAUUGAUGGAACCUCAGCAAGGAACUUCUAUCAUUAAUGCGGUAGCGUCAGGAGCUGUACUUAGAGCUCUGAACAAGGCGAAUGGGCCAGAGAGGAUAGCUCGUUCAAGUUAUGGCAUAUUGCGGACUGAGCCUUUCGGACAGUACCCUGAGCACGCAGGUCUCAAGCCGUCCUGGGACCGUCAUGAUGGAAUGCCAUAUAUCAAGCAAACGAUCGAUUGGGUCUUGAAGCUAUCAUACAUUCGACGUCUGGCCCGUUCGUCCCUUUAUCUGCAGAGAGAUGCUGUAUGUGUCAGAUCAUGCGACAAAAUCGCAAGUCAUCCCAACAACGAAGGCGCCGAGUAUGUCGGUGAAAUCGAAGUGGACUUCUCUUCUCUUCGAGAUCGCCUAGUCCCAAUCGAGCCUGUUGUUAAAAGUAAUAAACAAAAGAUUGGGAAAAGGCAUUAUAGGAUUGACUUUACGAUGGCAAUCAAGGUUGUGGAUCGCGACUUGGAAUGUUUUGCCAUCCACGACCAGAAGGUGGUCAAGAAGUGUCGCAUAAACAUCGCUUCUGGAUUCAGGCCGGGAGUGAAAUAG